AAAGUUAAAGUUGAGUGCCAAAUUUGAUCCAAAGAAAAAAGCAAACAUGAAAAAACAAUAACGAUCCCAUCUUGCAUCUGUGAUAUCACGAAUUCAAUCAGGGAAUGUCAGUCAGGAGCUUUUUAACGACCUUAAGGAGUAAGAUCGAUUCAAAGACCCUUAAGGUUCCAUAUUCAUUUGUCACUGGUAAUCAAUCGGCAGAUUUAGAUUCGGUCAUUAGUGCUAUAUCAUACUCGUAUUUAGAUAAUGUCUAUGAUAAUACUUCAUUUAUAAUUCCCUUGGUAAACAUUCCUAAGAAGGAUCUCAAGCUUAGACGAGACAUUGAAUUGCUCUUGAAAUCUCAUUCUAUUGAUGAAGAUUUGUUAUAUUUUGUGGAGGAUUUUGAAUUGUUGAAUGCAAAGGCACCAAUCACUCAAAUUGCUCUUGUUGAUCAUUGUAAUAUUCAAGGGGAUAUUUUAACCAGAUUCUUGAAUGAAAACAGAUUAAAGGUAAACGCCAUUAUCGAUCAUCAUGAUGACGAGAAGGUUUUCUUAGAUGCUACUCCUAGAAUUAUUCACUCUAACGGUUCUUGUUCAGCUUUAGUCUUCAAAUACUGGUAUGAGAAAUUACAUGAAAGUGCAUUAAAGGAACACUCUGAAAUAUUGGAGCUUUUAUUGGGACCAUUAUUAAUAGACACUUCAAAUAUGACUCAAAAAGUUGAAGAUGGUGAUGCAUUUGCAUGGAGUGAAUAUAAAAAACUUCUCUCUUUUCAACUGGAUAGUUACAUUACCAAAGUUAUUAAGACAGACACUGCCACUACUGAAGAUGAUGUUUUUGGGGAAUUUUACAGUGCAUUGAAGACUGCUAAGAAAGAUUUAACAGGCUUCACAUUUGAGGACGUCAUGCUCAAGGAUUACAAACAAUUUUUAUUUUCAUCUAAUGAAACGGUGGGAUUUAGUUCAAUAGGAAAAUCCAUCAAAUGGAUUUUUAAGACAUAUUCAGAAGAUGAAAUUGAAAGUACCUUAUCGAAAUUUCUUAAAGAUAAUAAACUUGACCUCUUGGUUAUAACUUCAUCAUACACUCAAAAACAUACAGGCAUAUAUACAAGAGAAUUCUGUUACUACUAUGAAGUUAAAGGGAAUUCUAAGUUUGAUCACUUAUCAGAGUUAGCUCAAGAAGAGCUUCAAUUAAACUCCGAUGUUCACGGUUUAGAAAAGAUCGAGAAGAAACUUAAUAAAGUAAAAGAGUUGAAAGGGGUCUUUAAAGUCUAUAAUCAAGUUAACAUUAAAGCAUCUAGAAAACAAGUUGUCCCAAUUGUUAAAUCUAUAUUGGAGAAAGAUAACUAACUAUAUACUUUGUAGAAUCUAGAAGUACAUAUUUAUUACACGCAGGUAAUGUUUUAUUUAUAUCCGUUAUAUGACUGUAGAAUGUAUGGAAUAUUUCUGCAUAAGGAAUAGACAAGUAUUCAUAUUCAUCAUCUUCUUCUGCCGUAUCCAGAGACUCUUCACUUCUAAAUACUAGCUUCAAUGAAUUCUUUAGAAUGGUGUUUUCUAUUGAUACAUCUAUCCCAAUAGCUAAUACCCAAAAAUAAUAUGAAGUGUUGUUGACAAUGAACUUGAACUUUCUUGAUGCA